AUGGAGGCAGUGACAGAGACCCGUAUCAAGGAUGACGCCAAAGAAUUGGCUGCAGAGCCCAGCGGCAGUGGAGGCGGUGGAGGCGGUGGCUUGGAGGGAGAAAGUCCCGAGGAAAGCGGAACUGCGACCACUGGCACAGCAGCUGCUGCCAGGACAGACAAAGGCGGCAUGCCGGGGGACAAUUCAGGACAGAAUCAAGGCGGCGGCUUAGGGGGUACUGGCGGUGGCCAGUCGACAACAUAUGUCGAAUUCCCCAGGGGCGAGCACUACGUUCCCGUCUAUUACAUGAGCGAUGGCCACGCCGCCAUCGAGUACAGCACCAACGACAUCGUCCUGAAGAACAUUUACUGGCAAACAACCGGCUCAGGUGGCAAUAAAAUUGCCAAUGCCGUUUACAAGUCGGGGGAUGACAACCCUGAAUUAACCAAGGGGUUUCAGCAAGUCACCGACCAUGAACUUACACUCUUGCUUGAUGAAGCCAUCCUGAAGGGGUACUUUGACAAGACCAUGGAGAUUCUGGUUGACUGGGAGUCCGAGGACAAAAAGUUUACUGGCAACACUCGUUCGCUCUACUUCACUGUCAGUAACAAAUCCCAACCCGACACAACGUUGCAGGAGAAAAUAGAGGCCUCGGCCAGUAGCGAGGUAUCUCUCGAGACGACAACCGCGGCGACAGCCACCUCCUCUGCUUCAGCAACAGAUUCUGCCUCGGACUCUAGUGGAGGAGGUGGUGGACUAUCCACUGGUGCAAAGGCAGGCAUUGCUGUGGGCGCUGUGAUCGGUGGUCUCUUGAUCAUUGGUGCAUUGGCCUUUUUUCUCCUCCGCCGACGUCGUCGCAGCAAGCAGCUCGGCGAGGACUACACCUCUCAGCAAGCGUACACUGUGGACAAGGAGACUCACGGUCGUGCUACGGAUUCACCCAACUCUCCCUACUCGGAUGAGAACCAAGUUCAGCCCGUCGCACUCCAGAACAUCAGCCACGAUCACGAGGAGCAGACGGCCCGCGGAACUCCUACACCGAACAACCUCCCUCGCACAUCCACGGGCUCCCGCAACGCCCCUACGCCCCAGGGCAUGUCAUCCAAUGUGGCUCACCUGGUCGAGGAUGGCAUGACGGCCGAGGAGAUUCGGAGGCUGGAGGAAGAGGAACGCGAGCUGGACGACGAGAUCGAGCGUGCUGCAAGACGGUAG